AACAACGACUUGACAUUGUGAGCUCAGUUUUGGCGUAGGUGCUAAAGGGGGAGGUCGCAUCAGAGGGUCUCUCUCUCUGUCUCAUCUCAGCUGUGAACUUUGUACACAAACAAAAUCGAAGCCGUCUGACAAAAACAACCAAGAAAUUGCCUUGACUAUUGCAUGCGAGUUGUUAGUUUGUGUCUGAGCUGAGAGUUAGUUUGGAUAGCACUUGCAGUCCAUCAACAACGAAAUAAGCGGGAGACAAAUUGUUAGAUUUAUUUACAUAUGUGUCUAUAAAAGAGAGAAACAAGAAAAUUGUCAAUUAUUUAAAAUGACGAGUUUGUUUAAAUCGAUUAUCCGUCUGACGCGCCUACGCCGGGAGAUUCUCAUUUCUCGGAUCCUGGGGUACAUCAUGCGUCGCUUCUUGCGUUCGGCCAUGAUUGUCUUCAGCUGGUUUGUUGUACCCUACAGCCGCUACACCAACAUCAAGGUGAUGCGGCGCAAGCUGCCGCCCAUCCGCAGCCAUCUGCUGGAGAUACCUGCCGUCGAUCUGGCCAAGCUGAUUCGCACCAGAAAGAUUAAAAGCGAAGAAGUCGUCGAGGCCUAUAUAGAACGAUGUCGACAGGUAAAUCCGCUGAUCAACGCCAUUGUGCAGGAUCGCUUCGAGGAGGCAUUGGAGGAGGCGCGUGAGAUUGACAAUGUUAUUGCCAUGGGCAUCAACAGCGUCGAGUCUAUGGAGGAGCUCACACCACUGUUGGGCAUCCCGGUGACAGUCAAGGAGAGCAUUGCCGUCAAGGGUCUGACCAACCAGGCGGGAAGAGUCUUCAAGACACCCCAGAUUGCCCAAUCGGAUGCACCUGUCGUGGAGCAGAUCAAACGCUGUGGCGGCAUCAUAUUGCUGGUGUCCAACACACCUGAGCUGUGCCUGCUCUGGGAGACCUACAACAAUGUGACGGGUCAGACAAAGAAUCCAUAUGACUUGAAGCGCACACCGGGUGGUUCUUCGGGUGGCGAGGCAGCGCUGCUGGCCAGUGGCGCCUCCCUGCUGGGUCUUACCUCGGAUAUUGGCGGCUCGUCUCGUUUGCCCGCCAUGUUCAGUGGAAUUUGGGGCCACAAGCCGACUCCAUACGCGGUCUCUUUUCGUGGUCAUCAUCCGACGAGUGACUUUCCCAAAUGGGGUGACUUUUUUACAAUUGCUCCGAUGACACGUUAUGCCAAGGAUUUGCCGCUGUUGCUCAAGUGCAUGAGUGAUCCCACUGGACCGAAGUUGACGCUCGAUAAGGAGAUCAGCGCACAUGGCAUACGCUUCUUUUUCAUGGACAACGAUGGACCAUCGGGCAUGAUGCGUCCCCUCAGCCGAGAUCUGCAUGCGGCCAUCAAUCGGGUGGCCAGUGAUUUCAAUGCCAAGCGUGUUAAUAUACGCAAAAUGAAGUGGUCACUGGACAUCUCCCUGUCGGCCAUGUUGACCAUGAAGAACAUCGAGACGAUUUACCACAAGACGGAGGAGGGUGAACAACCGAAGACCGUGUGCAAGGAGACGGUCAAGUAUUUCUUUGGCUGCUCCGACAGCAUUCUGCCAUCGGUGAUCUUUGGACAUCUGCAGAACUUCAUGAAGAUAAUACCCAAUUCGAGGCACAAGCAUCUGGCCAGCAUCAUUGAGGCGCUCAAGACUGAAUUCAAAGAGCUGCUGGGAACCGAUGGCGUCUUUCUCUAUCCAACAUUUCCGAACACAGCGCAUCAGCAUUAUCAGAUCUAUCACAAGCUGCUGGAGCCCAUGUAUAUGGCCAUAUUCAACACUCUUGGCCUGCCUGUCACCAACUGUAUGAUUGGCCUGGAUCGUCGCAAUCUGCCCAUGGGCAUUCAAGUGGUCGCCAAUCCUGGCCAGGAUCAUCUCUGUCUGGCCGUCGCACGCGAAAUGGAGCGUCGUUAUGGCGGCUGGGUGCGUCCCCCCUCGGAGGAUAGUCACACCUAUGCCCAAUCCAGUGGCAAACGAGGCUAAAUCCUUAGUCGUUAUUUGCGUGAUUCUUUUUGUUUAGCGAAUUGUAUCGUUUUGCAUCCACAUACAUACACAUACACACAUACUUGACUCUGCCAAAUGAAGUAACUACCAUAAAGUUAACAAUUCAAAUAUAUUAUUGCUCUUUUUCCACUUGGAGGGAGGUGUUACUUCAAGCGGCUCUAUUUUAAUUUUUGUUUUUAUUUUUUAUUUUUAUUUUAUUCACAAACAUUACGAAAAUCCACAUCACAUUUUAUGUAGUUCAAGUUGAGCAAACAUUUUCCAUUUUCACAAGUAUUAAAUUAUUUUCUUUUCAUUUGUCCAAAAUUAUACAAAUAUUGUAUGUAAAUAUUUUUGUAGAUGUUCUUUAAGUCUUAGUUUUAAUGCCGGCUACCUAAUAAAUAUUAAUAUCUAAUAUAUAUAUUUGUAUAUUGUGUUUUUAGCAAUUAUUUCGAGCAAUACGAGGACGUCAUUCGAUAGUUGUUAAAUAUAUAUAUAUAUUUUUGCAUCGAACCAAAUUGUUGAAUAAAAAAAA